UCAGUGUCCAGCCCCACCCAGCCUUGUCCAGCUCUAUAAAGGAAGUUCCCAGGCAGCCACCCCCAGGAAGUUCCAGCUCUAUGUCCUCUUCAUGAUGAGGCUCUGUAUUUCUGGGUUGCUCUUCCUCCUGUUGAUCUCACUGCCUUCAGGGAAUGGAUUGUUUGGAAAUGAUGGAGUAGAACUUCGUACUUGCACUGCUCUUAAAGGCAGGUGCUUCUUCGGUUGCAGAGUGGGUUGGACAUGGGUAGCAUUCUGUCAUAACAUACUAUCUUGUUGCACAAAAAUGAAGAAAAAUUUGCCACCCCAGGUCAAAGAGCCUUGACCUGCACCCCAUGGGUCUAAUUAAAAGGAUAUGUGAACAUA